AUGGACAGGAUAAGUCAGUUGCCUGAUGAGCUUAUCUUGAGGAUAUUGUCGUCACUGUCAACGGUAGAUGCUGUGGACACUAUGCUUUUGUCAAAACGGUGGCAAUUUCUUUGGACGAUGGUGCCAAAACUCGUGCACGAUCAUACUGAAUAUGAUGAUGAUGAGCCUGCAUUUUCGCGUUCUGUUGAAAGGUCUUUGUUACUGCACGACGCUCCAACAAUAAAAGCUUUGCAUUUAAAACUUGGUCCAGACCAUAGUAGUAAAGAUAUCGGAUUGUGGAUAAGACCUGCAGAGAGACGCUGUGUGCGUGAGCUGGUUAUCGAGAUUGAUUCUUCUUCUGAUAAUAAAUCUCGAGUGGCUCUUCCUAAGAGCUUGUAUACACGCUGCAAAAUGCUUGUGACCUUGGAACUAAGUCACGCGGCUCUUACGGACGAUGUUUCUUCCCCAAUUUCUUUCCCAUACCUAAAAAAACUGAGUCUUAAAUACAUGAAGUUCCCAAGUGGUGAGUUUGUGGACAGGCUUUUAUCCGGGUGUCCUGUUCUUGAAGACUUGUUCGUGAAGCAACGUCGAAAUGACAAAGUGCCUAUUUUGAGCGUCAGAAUGCUUCAUCUAAAGAGAUUAGUCCUGCGUACGUCAGAAAAGAGAGAUGAAGACGAGGCAAGUGGGUUUGUGAUAGAUGCUCCUUCUUUGGAGAGCUUGGACAUUGUUAAUGAUUGCAAAGGGUUUUGUGUCAUUGCGAAUGACAUGAGCAAGAUUGUGUCGGCAAAUGUCGUCAUGACUCGUCCCCAUACUGAGCAUAUUCUUGGUUCUUUAACUUCAGCCAAGCGUCUUCAUAUCUGCUUACCAACCACAAAGAAUGCGUAUCUUGCUGGUAGUGUCUUCUGCAAUCUUGUAUUUUUAAAGAUAUGCACAUGUGGGAAAGAAUGGUCGAGUCUACUUAUGCGUGUGCUCAGUGAUGCCCCUCUUUUACAAUCUCUCAAACUCGAACAGUGCCAUGACCUUAAGGAUAAUGAACCGCGCCUCAACUGGAGCGAACCGAGCUCAGUUCCUGAGUGUUUGUUAUCGAGUCUCAAAACUCUCAAAUGGGUGAACUAUCGAGGAACACAAGAAGAGAAAGGAGUAGCAGCAUUCAUCUUAAGAAGCGCAAACUGUUUAGGGAAUGUUACUAUAAACCCUAAAUCCAACAGCCGCAGGAAGUUUAAAAUGGUCAAGGAGUUGUCGUUUUUGCCAAGGCGUUCUCCGACUUGUCAACUCGUGUUUGACUGA